AAAGUUGGAGCAUGGUCCGAGCUUCAGCCAUCUACGCGGUUUCGCGUCGCUCGCUGCCCGCCGCCUCCUCUCGAAAUGAAUUGAGACGCGUCUUGCACAUCCUGGGCGUCGAGAUCAAGAGCAAUAUUGCGACAAGCUUGCGUGCAAGGAUUAUUGCGACAGUACCAGUUAUACUGCUAGCAUUGUGUCCAUGAGUAUCUAGCCAAAUUUAUCUCUGAAGGCCUUCAGGAACCAGGUCAGAUGCUGCCUCAUGCACCAAGGUCACGCCUACUAAGCUUGUCGUCGCCCUCGGGGCAGAACACCACAUCACGUCGCGCGUUGCGUCGUAUCACAUCAUAAACUUCAAACUUCAAACUUCACAGGCUCCACGUUGUCUGCGGCAGUCAUCUGUCACAAUGGUCAAGGCUGCGCCUGCACCAGUUGCUGCUCCGCCUACCGGCCCAGGCAUUUACAGUGCCACUUACAGUGGUAUCCCCGUUUACGAAUUCCAGUUCGGCCAAGACCUCAAAGAACAUGUUAUGAGAAGACGGCAGGACGACUGGAUCAAUGCCACCCACAUCCUCAAAGCAGCAGGCUACGAUAAGCCGGCAAGAACACGCAUCCUCGAGCGGGAGGUUCAGAAGGACGACCACGAAAAGAUUCAGGGCGGCUACGGCAAAUACCAAGGCACCUGGAUCCCUUUGGAGGCUGGCGCACAGCUUGCCCACAAGAACAACGUCUAUGAGCGUCUACAGCCCAUCUUCACAUUCACCCCGGGCGACCAGAGUCCACCGCCCGCACCCCGACAUGCCAGCAAACCGAAAGCCCCGAGGGCGAAGCCAGCAGUUCCCAAAUGGGCCCCGGCCCCGGCCCCGGCCCCUCCCCCUCCUCAGCAAGAAUACGAAACCGCCAGCCAGGUCAACGAAGAUGAUACCCCUGACAACCUCACUGUCGCCUCGGCGUCAUACAUGGCCGAAGAUGACCGCCCGGACAUGUCCCACUACACCGGCCACCGCAAGCGGAAGAGGGACGAACAGAUCCAGGAUCUGACCGAGCAGCAGCACGCCAUAUACGGCGACGAACUGCUCGACUACUUCUUGCUCUCCCGCCAGGAAGGUCCCACGGUGCGACCAGAGCCGCCUCCCAACUUCCAGCCAGAUUACUUCAUCGACACGGACAGGAAUACCUCCCUCCACUGGGCAAGCGCUAUGGGUGACGUCGACGUCAUGAAGCAGCUCAAACGCUUCGGGGCCAGCCUCAGCUGUCAGAACAUCCGAGGCGAGACGCCGCUGAUGCGGUCCGUCUGCUUCACCAACAGCUACGAGAAACAAUCCUUCCCAUCGGUCCUGAAAGAGCUCUUCGAUACAAUCGAUGCCCGAGACGAGUCCGGCCAUACCGUACUACACCAUGCCGUCAUGCUGAGAACCGGUCGAAUUGUCAGCCACACCUGUUCGCGGUACUACCUUGACAACAUCCUGAACAGACUCCAAGAGACACAGGACCCCAACUUUGUUCAACUCUUCAUCGACACGCAAGAUCUCGGGGGCAAUACAGCGUUGCAUCUCGCCGCUCAAUCUAAUGCCAGGAAAUGUAUUCGUGCUCUUCUAGGGCGGGGCGCUGCUACGAACAUCCCCAAUAUGGAGGGCAUCCGAGCCGAGGAGCUUAUCCAGCAGCUGAAUGCGAUCAAGGAACCCAAGGAACGUGCACCUCAGCGAUCCUCUAGUCCGUUUGCCCCUGAUAGCAGGCGGCAUGUUUCCUUCCGUGACGCUCUGACCGAGAACGUCACCAAGCUAGCCAAAACCUAUCAUUCUGCAGCUGCGAACACCGUUCAGAACAAGAUCACCCCUUUAGUCCUGGAGAAGUUCGACGACCUGGCAGCAUCCUACGACGAAGAGUGGAAGGAGAAGAACGAUGCCGAGGUCGAAGCAAGACGCAUACUUGGCAAGACACAGAACGAGCUCGCCGCCGUAGGACAAGAGAUUGCUGCCUUGGAGGCACGACUAGAGCCAGACGAGAACGCAGCCAAGGCAGUGGGCGACUCCACAAUGGCUCAGCACCAGGUUCUCGAUCUGCUAGCAGCCCAAAGUCGAUAUCUCGUCCAUGCCAAUAUCAAGCAGCAGCUUGCCCUCCUCAACGGGAGCACCGCUGCCCCAGACGACGACAACCCGGAAAUCCGCAUGCAGCUGGCGAACGAGCUACGCGAGGCGAUUGGUGAGCAGAGGAAGAUCGAGAGGGAAUAUGUCGACGCCCUGGGCCUGAGCGGUACAGGGGAGAGCAUCGACAAGUACCGUCGACUUCUCAAGCAAUGUUUGGAUAGGCCCGAUGCUGAGAAUCUCGAUGCUAACUUGGAUGAACUGAUCGAGAUGAUGGAAGAACAGCGGAGUCCCGUCGACGACGCGCCUGUCAGUGCCCUGCCUGAUGGUGAGCGGAUGAUGAUCUGUUAGGGCCACGAAAGAUAUAUGCGGUUUGAGUGUAAGAAUUGAAGGGGUGCCUGUUCUGGUUCGGCGUUAAAGGUUUGUUGUGGACUCUUCCGACGCAGAGAUGCCGUGUCGUCUGCUGCUCGUUAUUGUGGCAGGCCUAAGGUCCCAGGCGUUAUAUAGGCCUCUGUAGGCUUUUGCGUGAUGAGCAUUAUUUAUUCAUUCUUCUGCCUCAUAGUCAGUUCCAAUUUGAUGUGCAAAGCCGACUCUACGCCGAUGGAUUA